UGUAAAAAAACAGGAGAGGUUGAAGGUUGAACAGCCUUGACUUGUGAGGCAUAGCGACUCGGUAUUGAGAUCGAGACCUGCCAUCAAACAAAAAAAGCUCUUCCUUCCUCUCUCUAAAGAAUCUUUCUUUACCCACAAAUUUCUAAAAUCAUAUAAAAAUCAUUUUUUAAAGAGCUUUCACAGCUAAACCAAACCUUCUUCUUGCCCUUCCUCCCUGUUUCUUCAAGCAAUUUCGCAUCCCAUUUCUUUUUCAGUCUCUUUCUCUCCCUCUCUGAGCUGUCUCUUUCUCUUCUGCCUGAAAUCCACCAAAUGUCCUCCUAGAUGCUCAAAGCCCAAUUUGUAAGAAAACUCUUCCAACAACAACUACCCAUUUCUUUACUAAUGACAUCCCAACUAUCUCUCUCUCCUCCCAAUUAAGUAGAGUCCUCAUUCCUCUCAUCUUUGGGGCAUACCUUCAAAACACCCUUCUGGGUUUUCUUUGCUCUCUUUUCUAUUAGUUGUUUUUGUACAUUUAGAUUUGUUCUUUCAGAGAGAGAGAGAGAGAGAGAGAGAGAGAGAGAGAGAGAGAGAGACUAAAGAUGAAGAAUUGGAGGUGGAUUUUUGUUGGGCUGCUCUGUUUUGCGUCUUUGCAGAUUGAUGGUGCUGUGGAGCGAGGCAGGGGUCAACGAACUGAACGAAUUUCAGGUAGUGCUGGAGAUGUCUUGGAAGAUGAUCCAGUGGGAAGGUUGAAAGUUUUUGUUUAUGAGCUUCCAAGCAAAUACAACAAGAAGAUUCUGCAGAAGGAUCCCAGAUGCCUCAACCACAUGUUUGCUGCCGAGAUCUACAUGCAUCGAUUCCUGUUAUCUAGCCCUGUACGGACCCUUAAUCCCGAGGAAGCUGAUUGGUUCUAUACCCCUGUAUAUACCACUUGUGACCUGACACCAAAUGGCCUCCCUCUACCGUUCAAAUCACCACGAAUGAUGAGAAGUGCGAUACAGCUUAUUUCUGCUAACUGGCCUUAUUGGAAUAGGACAGAAGGGGCUGAUCACUUUUUCAUAACACCUCAUGAUUUUGGCGCAUGCUUUCACUACCAAGAAGAAAAAGCUAUUGAAAGGGGAAUACUUACAUUGCUCCAGCGGGCAACCUUGGUUCAAACUUUUGGACAACGGAAUCAUGUUUGCUUAAAAGACGGCUCAAUCACAAUUCCUCCAUAUGCUCCUCCACAGAAAAUGCAAGCCCAUUUGAUCCCCCCUGAAACUCCUCGUUCCAUUUUUGUCUACUUCCGAGGUUUAUUUUAUGAUGUGGGAAACGAUCCAGAAGGAGGUUAUUAUGCAAGAGGUGCUCGGGCAUCAGUGUGGGAGAACUUCAAGGACAAUCCUCUUUUCGACAUCUCCACGGAGCACCCAACAACUUACUAUGAAGACAUGCAACGAGCAGUUUUCUGUUUGUGCCCACUCGGGUGGGCCCCAUGGAGUCCGAGACUGGUCGAAGCAGUGAUAUUUGGUUGCAUCCCCGUCAUCAUUGCAGAUGACAUCGUUCUCCCAUUUGCCGAUGCAAUACCAUGGGAAGAAAUUGGAGUGUUCGUGGAUGAGAAAGACGUUCCGAAUUUGGACACUAUUCUCACAUCAAUUCCUCCAGAAGUCAUCUUGAGGAAGCAGAGAUUGCUUGCCAACCCUUCAAUGAAGCAGGCAAUGUUGUUCCCACAACCUGCUCAAUCAGGUGAUGCAUUCCAUCAGAUUUUGAACGGACUUGCACGUAAGUUGCCACAUGAGAAGGGCGUUUACUUGAAGUCAGGUGAGAAGAUCUUAAACUGGACAGCCGGCCCUGUUGGUGAUCUGAAGCCUUGGUAACUGUUAUAAAAUCAUGAUGUUGACAGCGUUCACGUCUUUUGCAUCUGUCCUGUUAAUCUUGCCACGUAUUCAAGGUGUUGAUUUUCAUCAAAGUGUACAUCUUCAUUUUGCAAGAAUACAUUUUAUUGUAUCUUCCUUAUUUCAGUUGUAGGGUUGUGUGCUAUUUGUUGUAGCUCACUUCCAGAUUGUAGUAUAAUCGCAAAUGGCUUCUGAUGAUUGUAAUGUUGUUUGUCUAGCACAUGCACCUAAGCGAAUGAAGCAAGUUUUGGCAUUUUAGCUAAAAUUCAUUUA